GCGCAUGCUCGGACACGCCUCCCGAGCGCCGCCAGAGACUGGCGUACCAUUAGCUUUAGCUUUACCAUUACUUUGAUGUUAACCAUAGCCUUCGGUCGGCGGUUUAGGGGUGGCAUGUAGUAACCAUCGGCCGAAAAGAAGCUUAACAAGUCCGAAAUCCGAAGAUCGGACGGGGUCCUAGCGACUCGGGACGUGCGCCGGGAAGAGUGUUUGAAGUGCGGCCGGAGCCGAGACUAAGGCGCCUGGGGUGUCCCCAACCUCCGGGCAGCAUCGCCUCAGCAUUUAAAGGGGAUGAACACUCGGCGGGAUCUUGGCACAAGGAACAGUGUGUGCUGGCUGCCGGCCGGCCGACCCAGUAGGCGCCUGUAAGCUGUGACUCGGCCCGGCUCGGUGCUUUUCGGCGCGUCUGACGGGACCGCGCCUCCGUCUGCCUGAUGCCGGGGCAGCGAGCUACGCGCCGCUGCCGGGGACUCGCCAAACCUCCGCCACCCUCCUGAUCCCUGUAACACCCGCCCCACCAUGGAUCGAGUACCAGGAAACGGACCCCAGGCAGACUCCCAGGGGGCUCCGCAAGCCGGGGACUUCAGCCCAGAUAAAUACGGUUUCGUAGGCGGGCCUCAGCAGACCUCAGACUACGUGACCCAAGACGUCCCCCCAGAGGUGCUGCGUCAGCGGGAGGCCAAGUGGCUGGACAUGCUUAACCACUGGGACAAGUGGAUGUCCAAGAGGCACCGCAAGGUGAAGGUGCGCUGUCAGAAGGGAAUCCCACCCUCACUGCGCGGACGUGCCUGGCUUUACCUGUCUGGGGCCAAAGUGAAGCGUGAGCAGAACUCGGGAAAGUUCCAGGAGCUGGAUGCUCUGCCGGGGGACCCUGUGUGGCUGGACGUGAUCGAGCGCGACCUGCACCGACAGUUUCCCUUCCAUGAGAUGUUCAUGGCGCGUGGAGGUCACGGCCAGCAGGACCUGAACCGCGUCCUCAAGGCCUACACCCUGUACCGGCCGGACGAGGGCUACUGCCAGGCACAGGCUCCUGUCGCUGCUGUACUGCUCAUGCACAUGCCCGCCGAAGAUGCUUUCUGGGGCCUGGUUCAGAUCUGUGAGAAGUACCUCCCUGGGUACUACAGCGCUGGAUUGGAGGCGAUCCAGCUGGACGGGGAGAUCCUGUUCGGGCUGCUCCGUCGCCUGUCCCCUGUAGCUCACCGGCACCUGAAGAAACACAAGCUGGAGCCCGUCCUGUACAUGACCGAGUGGUUCAUGUGUGCCUUCUCGCGUACACUACCCUGGGCGUCCGUGCUCCGUGUCUGGGACAUGUUCUUCUGCGAGGGGGUGAAGAUCAUUUUCCGGGUGGCGUUGGUCUUACUGCGGAGCAUGCUGGGAACCCCAGAGAAGCUGAGGGCAUGUCCGGGCCAGUAUGAAACCAUGGAGCGGCUUCGUGCCCUAGACCUGCGCUACAUGCAGGAGGCCUUCCUCGUCCAGCAGGUCCUGGAGCUGCCCGUGUCCGAGCGGGAUGUCGAGAAGGAGCAUCAGGUCCAGCUGCGCCGCUGGAAGGAGACGCAUGGCGAGCUGCACUGCAGGUCACCCCCCCGGCUGCACGGUGCGCGGGCCAUCAUGGCGAUGGAGCCUCCGUGCCAGCAGCACCUGCAGCAGCUGCCCACAAUCGUCAUGGGGCUGCCGCAGAGCGCCUCCAUGCCCCCGGCUGUCCCUGAGGGAGAGGGCGAGCCCCGGCCCAUCCUAAGGGACACGGGGCUGCAGGGCUCUGACCUGAGUCUGAGCAGCAGCGAGCAGGACACCUACCUGUAGUUGCACCUGCUGCCGCCCUGCUGGUGGCAUGUGGGAUUGCAACUGGGAACCACUGAGGCAGUAGAUCUGGGACCGCUACUACAUUCCUACAGAACUGACCCCCCCCCCACAUGCCAUGCUUUAACCUAGAGGAGCUACCAACAUGGGGCAUGGUUGGGAUCUAAGCCUGUUGGUUCUGGCCACUGGAACUGGGGAGGGAGCGGGGGCUCACAUAACUUUGAUAUGUGAAUCACUGAGGGUUUUGCUUUAGCAAGUAUGACUGCAGGAAGAGCUCAGGACAACUUGUUGUCUGCUUCUUUGUCUGCUAGGGGGAGCCAUUUAGCCAUGUCUGCUUUUGUAGCAUUUCUGACCACUCCAGAACACAGUGAUCUUCAGUGAGUCUUUUUGUAUUGACUUCAGCAGUUAGAUUAUACAGUGUGACACACAAGCUUCCCAUCUGCCAGAUAUUACCUAGCUUUAUGGGUAGCCGAUCCCGGGCCACGCCCCCACAGCCCAUCCCGGGCCACGCCCCCACGGCCCAUCCCGGGCCACGGCCCAUCCCGGGCCACGGCCCCCACGGCCCAUCCCGGGCCACGCCCCCACGGCCGAUCGGCACAUGCACAGCCACACAUGACCACACGGGAUGCAGAGCCUGAUUGACUUUGUGCACCAUGCCGGUGGUGACUUCUAUCCACGGUUAGUGCGUGUGCUUUGGUUGAUCUACGAUGCAGUGAGCUUGACGCCUCUUUAACAUUGAUUCCUGUGUUGAAGGGGUUGUGGAGAGCAUUCCAGUGUGAUUGUCCACCCGUUGUCUGCUUGUGAGCACGUUAUCCUGGCUCCCUCGCAGCCAGGGAACCUGCACUCAAACAUGCCCGUACCCCAGGUCUGCAUAUGCAUCCCUCCCUGCUUACGUAAGCAUAACCCUGGCUUUUGCUCCAGCUAAUGCCAACACUGACCUCCACGGUUACUCCACACUAGCAUUCCAGGCCACACACUAACCUUCAGGUCUGCCUAGUGCUCAGAGCGUGCGAGUGACUCAUUCCCACGGCAUAGCCGGGGCAGGUGGGCUUGGGGGCAUCAUCGCCGGCUCCUCGCUGGAGACGGAUGUCCUGACCGGAGAGGCGACCUAAAAGGGCUCUUUAUUCUCGCUCUGGGGCUCAUUCACUCGCGCGCCGUUUAGUCAUAGAGCUGCCCCCCCCUUCACACCGAGGGUGUGAUGAAUGGGCCGUGCCAGACACAGCGGCAACGCAAAGACCUCGUUUUUCUACUUUUUUAACAAUUGCAAUAACUUUUUUAACCUGGAAAAAAAAUACAACGAUGUACUCGAUGCUGUUUCUGCACCAGGAAGCUUGUAUUUGCUCAAAUAAAAACGAUUAACACCGUC